GCGAAUUGAACGAACGACCGACUUGGCGUCGUGACUCAAGUUGUGACCUUGAGCUUUCCAGACUUCGCAGUUUAGGGUGGCUUCGCUAGAGGAUUGGGAAACUUCCUCGAGUCGACGGCCUCGAAGGUGUGCUUCCCGAUCCUCAAAUCCAUCACAAAAUCGAUCUGUUUUUUGCCUUCAAACCCUAGAUCGGGAAAAAAAUUCGACCAGUCAAGUUUUCCGUAUCUUGAAAUUCAUCCGAGCACAGUUCGAGCUUUCUACGGCUCUUGGCGACAAAAGGUCUUUUUCUGAAUGCGCCGUAUUUGCAAACCCUAGAUUGCUGAUGAACGGGUAAAGUGAGGUCAGUGGAAUUGGUUGUCAUGGAUGCUAACCAGGGACGGCGUCCUAGAUCUCGAGCGAUUUUUAAUGCUAUUUGCGCUCUGGCGCUGUUCUUCUUUUUGUACAAUGGAGAGAAUGUCCUCAACCCUUUUCCUCCCCGCAGACCCUUUUAUUCCUUCGGUCAUACUUCAAAAUCCAACCUUUUUCUUCGUCGGAGAAUGACGGAGCUCACUAAUUCUACAAAUGGUUCUUUGCCUGGAGAUCAUAAGCAAGAGACUUCUGAAUUUCUCGCGAAUCCCACUGUAGCUUGCACUGGCAUAAACCGUCACGAGGGCUUUGCCACCCAAUGUGAUUUCUUGAAGGCCCAUAGACAGUGCUCUUCUGGUGGAAUUAUCGAUUACAUUACCUUUUUCUAUUGCAACUGUGGGAAAUUUCGUAUCUUGGGCUAUGCUGUUCUUGCAAUAUGGCUAGCGGCUCUUUUCUACAUGUUGGGGAAUACAGCAGCAGAUUACUUCUGUUGUAGCUUGGAGAAGCUCUCUAGCUUACUAAAGCUUCCACCCACAGUUGCUGGGGUAGCAUUGCUUCCACUUGGCAAUGGUGCUCCAGAUGUAUUUGCUAGCAUUGCAGCAUUUAUUGGGACAGAUGCUGGUGAGGUUGGCAUUAACAGUGUGUUGGGCGGAGCUGUCUUUGUGACUUGUAUAGUCGUCGGAACUGUCUCACUAAUUGUUGCAGAUAAGAAUGUUCAGAUUGAUAGGAAAUGCUUUGUCAGGGAUAUUAGCUUCUUUCUGUUGACAUUACUAUCAUUGUCCUUGAUUUUACUUAUCGGAAGAGUGACACUCUGGGGAGCAGUUCUCUUUGUUUCUAUAUAUGUGAUUUAUGCCUUCACCGUUGCAGCAAAUGAGUUGCUGUGGAAGCAUGCUCGGAGGCUGAAGUUAGACAUGGUUACUCCAUUGCUCCCUGUUAGAGGAAACAUCUUUUCUCAUGGCAGCGAAGAGUAUGAGUCAAUGUAUAACUCUCUCCUUGAAGAUGAUCAUGAUGACGAGGUACCACAACUGCACAGUUCGUUGCCUCAGUGGAUGUGGGCUUCUCAUGUGGCUAUUUAUUCGAAUCAUGGAAGCAGAUCAAAUUCCAUGGAUAACUCCAGGCCUUUAUGGGGUUGGAAUGAGCAAGAGGCAGAAACUUCUGGUUUUUCAUGUUCCAAACUAUUUCUAUUGAUCGAAAUGCCUUUGACUAUCCCAAGAAGGUUAACCAUUCCGAUUGUUGAGGAAGAAAGAUGGUCAAAACCAUAUGCUGUAGCAAGUGCUUUCUUAGCGCCCGUCCUUUUGGCGUCUGUUUGGGGUGGUCAUGAGAAUUCAAAAAUUAGCAUCAUCUCUUAUUUUGUAGGUGGGAUCUUUGGUGCUGUAUUCUCGGUUCUUGCUUUCCUCUACACUAGCUCUGAGUGCCCGCCGCGAAGAUACUUGUUUCCUUGGGUUUUAGGAGGGUUUAUCAUGAGCAUAGUGUGGUUUUACAUUAUCGCUAACGAGCUGGUUGCACUUUUGGUAACCUCAGGUGUGAUUUUGGGUAUAAACCCGUCCAUUCUGGGAUUGACAGUAUUGGCUUGGGGCAAUUCAAUGGGCGAUCUAAUGUCAAAUGUUGCUUUGUCUGUAAACGGAGGAGAUGGUGUGCAGAUUGCUAUGUCGGGAUGUUAUGCAGGACCCAUGUUCAACACACUUGCUGGGCUAGGCAUGUCGAUGUUACUCGGUGCUUGGUCAUCUUCGCCCUAUAUGUUACCGCAAGAUGGCACCUUGGUGUACACAAUGCUUUUUCUUGUCUCUGGACUCGUCUGGGCUCUCAUCAUUUUACCGCGAAAUGAUAUGCAUCCUAACAGGACCUUGGGCUUCGGCCUGAUUGCACUUUACCUUGUAUUUCUGACCAUUAGAGUGAGCAAUGCAAUUUGGUUCUUCCCUUUGGCAGGGCUACAAUGACCUUUAAGAUGGAUUUCUAUAGCUAUACAGAAUCACAAACCUUCCUGAUGAUUUCGCCACACUAAAUAAUUUGAACUCGUGAUCAUGCAGAGUAAAAGAGCAGCGGCAAGUGCUACAAGUACUACAGAAAUGGCCCAUUUGCAUACAUAGUUUGAUGUGCUUAUCGCUCUCUACUGUUCACUUGAUGUUGAGCAUCUGUAGUAGGAAUUCAUCUUUUCUAUUCAUUAUUAUCCCUGAAGUCUCAUGUAUUAAACAGGAAUUAACCAUCCCAUGAUCAUGCAGAGUGAUGUUAUAUGUCCAAGUGUAUCAAAGUAUGACACAAAUGCUUCAGCUGUAUAUAUUUUACUUAAUUUCUCAA